UCCCGCCCCCCUUCCAGGAGGACCCCGCGCUCCGGGGAACCCCGGCGCGGGGCUCCCGACAUCCACCCCCUUCUCUCCGCCUCCCUCAGGCCCGGGGCUGCCUCCCCGGGCCGCGCCGGGGCCGCCCCGCACUGCGCAUGAGCGGGAGCCCGGCGAGCCCGUGAGAGGAGCCGCCGCCGCCGCCGCCGUCCAUUCGCUGCGGAGCCGGAGGAGGAGGGGAGAGGCCUGGAGGACACCAACAUGAACAAGUUGAAAUCAUCGCAGAAGGAUAAAGUUCGUCAGUUUAUGAUCUUCACACAAUCUAGUGAAAAAACAGCAGUAAGUUGCCUGUCUCAAAAUGACUGGAAGUUAGAUGUUGCAACAGACAAUUUUUUCCAAAAUCCUGAACUUUAUAUACGAGAGAGUAUAAAAGGAUCAUUGGACAGGAAGAAGUUAGAACAACUAUACAAUAGAUACAAAGAUCCUCAAGAUGAAAAUAAAAUUGGAAUAGAUGGUAUACAGCAGUUCUGUGAUGAUCUGGCACUUGAUCCAGCCAGCAUUAGUGUGUUGAUCAUUGCGUGGAAGUUCAGAGCAGCAACACAGUGCGAGUUCUCCAAACAAGAGUUCAUGGACGGCAUGAUAGAAUUAGGAUGUGACAGCAUAGAAAAACUAAAGGCCCAGAUACCCAAGAUGGAACAAGAAUUGAAAGAACCAGGACGAUUUAAGGAUUUUUACCAGUUUACUUUUAAUUUUGCAAAGAAUCCAGGACAAAAAGGAUUAGAUCUAGAAAUGGCCAUUGCCUACUGGAAUUUAGUACUUAAUGGAAGAUUUAAAUUCUUAGACUUAUGGAAUAAAUUUUUGUUGGAACAUCAUAAACGAUCAAUACCAAAAGAUACUUGGAAUCUCCUUUUAGACUUCAGUACGAUGAUUGCAGAUGACAUGUCUAAUUACGAUGAAGAAGGAGCAUGGCCUGUUCUUAUUGAUGACUUUGUGGAAUUUGCACGCCCUCAAAUUGCUGGGACAAAAAGUACAACAGUGUAGCACUAAAAGAACCUUCUAGAAUGUACAUAGUCUGUACAAUAAAUACAACGGAAAAUUGCACAGUCAAUUUCUGCUGGCUGGACUGAACUGAAGAUCAAUCCUCGUAAUUCAGACUGAGGGUUGAGACAAAACUUUGAGGAUACAUCUUGGACCAUACCGUGUUUCAUUCUUCUAAUGGUGGUUUGGGCUUGUCUUCUAGUCUGGGCCACUCUAACCAUUUAUAAUUCCAACAUUGUGGAUUUCAUCUUAUUUCUGUGGACCAUCCUAGUUUAUCCUCCCAUAAGUCUUAGAAGCUUUAUGGUGAUUAUUUUGAGGUUUCCACUCUUGGCAUAAAGCACAAUGCUGUCUUCAUCAGAAAACAGUUUGGCAUAAGAAUUAAACAUGAACAUCACAAACAAUUUAUAAAAACUUCUUAAAUAUAUGCUUUGGGCUAGUUGCAAAGACUAUGCUGAUAGCACUUCCGAUGAGAGUGAUAUAUUUAAGUGUACUGGAUCUGGAAUGGUGUUUUGGUUUGGGGGAUUUUUUUUUCCUGGCAAAUCACAUGUAUUGUUGACACGAGUAGAGAAUCUGAUGAAAAAAUGUCAAAAUUACCAACGCGAAAAAUUUUGAGGAUAACUUCAUGUGCCUCCCUGAAAAUUUCAUUGUGUUUCAGACCCUUGAUUUCAAAAGGUCCCACAGAACUAGUCUGUACUUUUCUUACCCUAUGUUUAUAUAUAGUUGUCCUACAGGGAGCUGUUACUUAGAAAAUGUCUGCAUAAUGUUAGGUUCUAUUCCUGUCUACAUUAUGCACUACAUAAUUGGAUUUCAUUAUGAUUUUGAAAUGCUUAUAUGCCUGUUGAAUAAGUUAAACUAUUUAAUUUGUUUUGAAUGUUUUAGAUUGCUACACAAUACAAUAUUCUAAAUUUAGGCAUGAAAGUUUAUUUUGGGGGAUUUUUUUUUUUUUUUAGCGCACUAUGGAACACAAAUGAAAUUCUCUUAAUUUAUAAGAAGAUAGUAGGAAUUAAAUUUUGAAAAUGGUCAUGGUGAACCAUGAAGUUCAAUCCAUAUAGGUACUGGUCUUUCAGACAAAUAGUCCAUUUUUGAUGACUUAUUUUGUUGAAAUUGCUUUAAUUGCUAAUCACUGUGGUUGCCAAAUACUUCAGGAGCAGAGAUUUUCAGGCAAGCAUGUACUUGAUUCAAAAUACCAAUCUGGCUUCUAUUUUUUGUAAAUUAUUCAGUUUCUUUAUUGUUUUUUGUUUCAAAUAUGACAUUUUCACAUCAAAGCAGGAUUCUAUCUUGUAUGUAUUAUUUUCAUUACAAGACCUAUGAACUGCUUUUAUGCUGAAAAUGCUGAUUUCCUUAUUUGCUUCCUGACAUGUGAAGGAGGGUUUAUUGCUUUUUAAAACAUUUCUGUAAGGUAGGUAAAAAAAUGUAAAACUUGAAAUAUUGGAUGUGUAAGGAAUGGAUUUUGCUUGGUGUAUCCAGGCACUCUCUAAGGUUUAACGUUGAAAUUAUCAAAGGAAUGUACUUCAGAUUAGCAGUACAUUUUAGACAUGGAGAUGAUUUUAAAAACAAUGACAUAUUAAAAUUACUUUUUAUUUACAUGAUUUUGAAAUUGGGUAGGAAGGUUGGCCAUAGAUCUCCUAUUAAUAUUCCAAUCAUAACUUCAAGAAUACUGUUCUUCCAAGAGAAAAUUUUGAAAGCUUAUAUUCAGGUUUCUGGAAUUGGUUAUUAAAAAAAAGAGAAGAAAGAAGAAUCCUGCUGCUUUUCUUUCAAGUAUUUCCUGAUUUCAUAUUUGUUAAUAUAAAGAGGAAUUUCAAUUAUGAAAACUUUAAAAAUCUGUAUGUAUUAUUUUGUUUUCUGUCUUGAAGAUUUUGAGUUAUGGUAUUAUUUUCAGAUUAAUUCAAGUAUGCUGUGUUUUGAAAUGAGAUUCCCAUUAACUUUUUUCCCCAAUAUAAAUUAUUUUUUAUAAAAGUCUGAUAUUGGUUCAUGGCCUAGUGCCUUGGGUUGUACAGACUUUUCCUUUUAAAUGCAAGACCUUUCAACAAAAUAGUAUUUGUCAUCAGUUUGGUACUUAACAUUUAUAAUUACUGUGUAAUUAUAAACAAAAAUACAUAAAUCUUUGAAUAUAAUUAUGUAGCAUAAAAGUUAAGGUUGUUCACUCUAUGAUAGCAUCUUAGAAUUAAACAAUACUAUUACUAGGGCUGAAAAGUGAAGACUGGUUUAAUGUGGUAUGAUUACUCUGAGGAUAAAUGUCUGGUUACAAGGAAUAUUCUAUACUAAAAAUGCUUACACAAGUGGCCACGUGUUUGAAUGAGUGUGUGUGAAAGUGUGUCUGGGUGUGUGAGGUUGAAAGACACAUGCUCACACGCACACAACUGGAAUUGCUUUAAUACGUUAGUGUUUCAGUCUUCAUUCUGGUGAACUCUCCAUGCUGACUCUUUGUUUCGAACUGAACCACAGGUACAGUUUCUUUUUUGCCAAAUGUCAAACAGGUACACAUUUUAAAAUGUAAUGCUUUUUAAAUAGUAAAGUGUAUAAAAUUAGAAGUGCCCACAUAUAAAAAUACUUGAGGUCAAGAUUAUCUUUAGUGACUAUCACCUGCAUAUCUCUGUAAGUUCAAUUGUGUUUCUUCCAAUCCCUGUCAUAUUACCAACAGAGGCAAUAAAAACUUCAGUGAAAUUGCCAUGACUAAAUCUUUUCAAAUAUUAUUUCAGUGUAAUAUUUUUAAAGACGAAAUAAACCUGAAAAUUUA